GAGGAAAGCUUCAUGACAGAGAGUAAAGAUUCAUCUAGGUGCCCCCUCAUCGAGAUAUCAUCUCAAGACAACCAGAAACCACACUGAUGGUGCUGAGUAGACAGAAGGAAUACAAGUUGGCUGAUGUCCAAGCCAAACAGACAGGAGACAUAGAGCAGGUCAAGCAUUACUGCAUGAUGGCGAAGCAUUCUCAGAAAUUAGAGUCCACUGUGGAAGCUUCCAAGCACAGUGAAUUUGAAGAUGUCCGUUCCUUUCUGCCCCCUCCUGAGGGUGUGCUGGAUGAAGAACAGAAUGACUCCCUGCAGUCCACUGAUGAGCUCCGUGCUGUGACCAAAAACAGCGAUUCAUUUGGCGAUGAACUUCAAGUAAACCACACCACUGUCUCGGACCAGGAGGCAAUACAUGCUGAUCCUAUUAUGUUUUGAAGACUGGA